AGAACGUAUCAAAGGCAAUGCAGCGUAAGGUUUUUAUGUGUUUCACGUUCUUCUUUCCUCCUCCUGCCGUGGCCGGGAAGGGGAAGUGACGUACUUCCGGUGUAAUGGCGGCGCGGUGGAGUUCCAGGUGAUCCUUGCAGACAGAAAAAGUAUACUGUCAGAAAAUUCAUACCAUUUGGGACUUGUUAUUUGGACCAGCUUACGGAGUCUGACUGAUAGGAUCAACGGGCAGCAGAAAAUGAAAAGUAGUGUGGCGCAGAUAAAACAUUCUUCAGGUCAUGACAGAAGGGAAAACAACAGUUCAUAUCAAAGGACCGUCUCUCCAGAAGACAGAUAUGCAGAACAAGAAAGAUCCCCCCGGGAUAGAGAUUACUUUGAGUACAGCAGGUCAGACAAUGAGCGUUCAAGAAGAGGACGUUCUUAUGAUGGCAGCAUGGAGUCACGAAGUAGGGACAGAGAGAAACGCAGAGAAAGAGAAAGAGAAAGAGAUGUGGAUCGGAAAAGGUACCGGAGAUCUUCAUCGCCUGGGAGAAGAAGCCCAGAACCAUCGGUGACCCAAAGUUCCUCUGCUCAGGAUGAGCCUACUGCAAAGAAGAAGAAAGAGGAGCUGGAUCCUCUUCUUACUCGUACUGGUGGAGCAUAUAUUCCUCCUGCAAAGCUCAGGAUGAUGCAAGAACAGAUCACAGAUAAAAACAGCUUAGCAUACCAGAGGAUGAGCUGGGAAGCCCUAAAGAAGUCAAUUAAUGGUCUUAUCAACAAAGUCAACAUUUCUAAUAUAGGUAUUAUUAUUCAGGAACUCCUUCAAGAAAACAUAGUUAGAGGGAGAGGCCUGCUGUCCAGAUCUGUUUUGCAAGCACAGAGUGCUUCUCCAAUCUUCACCCAUGUUUAUGCAGCCUUAGUGGCUAUUAUCAACUCAAAAUUUCCACAAAUCGGGGAAUUAAUUCUCAAGAGGUUAAUUCUUAAUUUUCGGAAAGGCUAUCGAAGAAAUGAUAAGCAACUUUGUCUGACUGCUUCAAAAUUUGUGGCACAUCUUAUUAACCAAAAUGUGGCACAUGAAGUUUUAUGCUUAGAGAUGCUCACUUUGCUCCUGGAAAGACCAACAGAUGAUAGUGUUGAAGUAGCUAUUGGUUUUCUCAAGGAAUGUGGCCUCAAAUUAACACAGGUGUCACCACGAGGAAUCAAUGCUAUAUUUGAACGCCUUCGAAACAUUCUCCAUGAGUCUGAAAUAGACAAAAGAGUCCAGUACAUGAUUGAAGUGAUGUUUGCUGUAAGGAAAGAUGGGUUCAAGGACCACCCUGUUAUUCUAGAAGGACUUGACUUAGUGGAAGAAGAUGAUCAGUUCACCCACAUGCUUCCUCUUGAAGAUGACUAUAAUCCAGAAGAUGUUCUUAAUGUUUUCAAGAUGGAUCCUAAUUUUAUGGAGAAUGAAGAGAAGUACAAAGCUAUUAAGAAGGAAAUUCUUGAUGAAGGAGAUAGUGAUUCAAACACAGAUCAAGAUGCUGGAAGUAGUGAAGAGGAAGAGGAGGAAGAGGAGGAAGAGGGAGAAGAAGACGAAGAAGGACAAAAAGUGACUAUUCAUGACAAAACAGAAAUUAAUCUAGUCUCAUUUCGUCGUACAAUUUAUCUUGCUAUUCAAUCAAGUUUAGAUUUUGAAGAAUGUGCUCACAAAUUGCUGAAAAUGGAAUUUCCUGAAAGCCAAACAAAAGAACUCUGCAACAUGAUACUGGAUUGCUGUGCUCAACAAAGAACAUAUGAGAAAUUUUUCGGCUUAUUAGCUGGGCGAUUUUGCAUGCUAAAGAAAGAGUACAUGGAAUCCUUUGAAAGUAUAUUCAAAGAACAGUAUGAUACCAUCCAUCGCUUGGAAACAAACAAAUUGAGAAAUGUUGCUAAGAUGUUUGCUCAUCUUCUAUACACUGAUUCACUUCCAUGGAGUGUUCUUGAAUGUAUAAAGCUGAGUGAAGAAACCACUACGUCCUCUAGUAGGAUUUUUGUUAAAAUAUUUUUCCAAGAACUGUGUGAAUACAUGGGUCUUCCUAAACUUAAUGCAAGAUUAAAGGAUGAAACCCUACAGCCAUUCUUUGAAGGGUUAUUACCCCGAGAUAAUCCCAGAAACACUCGUUUUGCCAUCAACUUUUUUACUUCUAUAGGUCUUGGAGGUUUAACGGAUGAAUUGCGUGAGCAUCUCAAAAAUACACCAAAGGUCGUUGUGGCACAGAAGCCAGAAAUCGAGCCAAAUAAUUCCUCCCCCUCCUCUUCCUCUUCCGCAUCCUCCUCGGCAGAGUCCGACUCCUCUGCUUCUGGUUCGGACAGCAGUGACAGCAGCUCAGAGUCUUCCAGCGAAGACAGCGACUCCUCAUCCGCCAGCAGUCAGAGCUCUGCCUCAGCUAAAGCUAUAAGAAAGAAGGGACAAGGGAACACCAGAAGCAAAGAAGCAGAUAAACUGAUCAGGAAACAACGAAUAAGUGAUAGGAAGCAAGAAGAAAGAAGAUCAGAGCAAAGGCACCAAGAAACAAGGACUGAAAGAGAAAGGAGAUCAGAAAAACUCAGAGAUAAAAAUGCAAGGGAUCCAAAUUGGAGAGACCCUGUAACAAAAUACACUUCAGACAGAGGUGUUCCUUCUGAACGAAAUAGUUACAGUAGAGUCAUGAAUGAUAGAGACCAAGAAAUGCAUCUAGAUUUGGAAAAUGAGUAUGGUGAUCUGAAAAAGAGGAGAGGAGAGAGAAGAAAUUCUUUUUCUGAAAAUGAGCAUAGAUACCGAAAUAAGGACAGUGAAAAAUUUAGAAGAAAAGACAGAUCAAAGUCAAGAGAAAAGAAUAGAAAACAUUCAGACUCUAGAAGCGAUGAAGAUAGGUAUCAGAAUGGUGCUGAGAGGCGGUGGGAAAAAUCUAGCAGACGCUCGGAACAAUCCAGAGAAUCAAAGAAAAAUCAGGACCGGCGGAGAGAAAAGUCUCCGACAAAGCAAAAAAAGUAAUUCUACAAAAUUACAGAAACUGAACAUGCCUUAUAUUCGGUUGAAACAAAUUAUUUUUUACAUUGAUUAUUGAACUUUAUAGAGAAUUGUACAAAGUACUGGUUUGUAUUGUACAUUUUAAAAAUGUUUUCAUUUUAAUAUGGUUUAUAUAAUUGAUACAUCUCAAGGCUCUCCACAUAAAAUUAUUUGAAAAGUUUCACCAGAGAGGAAUGUAUUUCUGGCAUAUAUUUUGUUAAUAAAAUGAUUAAAUACUUA